CAUAAUCAGCCCAUAUGUGUAUCAGUUCAAUUGAAAACAGAAUACAACUGUAAAAAAACAGCGCGAUUUGAAAAUCGACAAAAUAACAUAAACAUAAAAAGUUUCAAAUAAGAGAAUCGACUUUAUGAUCAAAUUUGCUUAAUCCGACUGACAAGCACCGCAGGGACUCUGGGAAAAUGCAUUAGACGAGCAAGGCGAAAUACUUGGCUGAAAUGUUGCAACGCCCGCAUUGGCAUUGGGCCACAUAACGCUACCCCCUUUCAGCAUCGUGUGAGUCCGAGAGUCGAGUGUUUCAAGCAUGGCGACGGCCACAUCAAUGGAACUCAUCAGCUGCCUGGUGCUGCUGCUCGGCCUGCUUAUCCGCAGUGGCUACUGCAUAGACUGCUUCAAGUGCGUUUCGUAUAACGGCGCCAAUAAAGCGUGCGAUGAUCCAUUUCAUAAUAAUUAUUCCACCGCCAUACUCGAGUCGCCCUGUAUGGGCGGUCGCAAGGGUCGCGAUGGCCUCUUCCCCGCAACGGCUUGCAUUAAAAUCGCCGGCUAUUAUGAUGACACCGGCGAGACGAUAACAGUGCGAGGCUGCGCCCUGGACAGUGGCACACUCACAACAGACACGGAGCUCAUAAGAAUGUCGCAUUGUGGUAAAUUCUACUAUGACAACAGAUACGUACACGGCUGUCUUCAGAGCUGCAGUGAUGCGGAUGCCUGCAAUGACAGCCACCCAAAGGACGUCGAAUCCGUGCUACUUAGCAUCGCCCUGCUGCUCGUGGUGGCUGCAAGGUAGCAGUAACAACAGCAACUGGAGGAACAACAAAAACAAAUGUAGCUUGCAUCCCAUGAAUAAUGAGGGGAUUUAGCUAAACUGGAUGUGAAGAAGCAUUUAAGAUAAUCCAGCUGCGCGAAAUAUUUGUACACAAUUCAUCCGCUGUUCUAUCUAUAUCUCUUUCACCAGCUAUUGUGUGUCCCUCUCUCUCUCUCACUCUUUCAGUGUCUACAAUUGCACGUAAUAGUAAUUGCACACAAGGAUAAAACAGGAUAACACGGCAAAAGAACAAAAACAAAGCGAACGUAUUUAUAUGGAAUUCAUCAAGCAAUUAUGUGAUUUAUAAAUGAAUAUUUAACAAUAAUUGAUGAAAAAUGAACAAAAUUUAAACAACUAAAUUAAAACUAUUUACUAUUAAAAAAUAAAAACGCAAAGCGCUGCUAGGCAAUUAUCGAGUCAAAAUCAAAGCUAGACAAAACGAGAAUUCAAAUUCGAUUGCAAUUAUUUUUAGCGAUUAGGUACAUACAUAUUUACAUUUUUACUUACAAACUCACCUGUGUAUUGAUCGACUGUUGUAAAUAGAUUUAUUAAUUUGUUAGAAAUUGCUGAAUUUUAGGCGACAAUUAUUUAAAAGCUACGAGUAUGUCUGAAUACUAUAAAUUAGCGGCCACAUAGAUAGAGUUGAUAGAGUUGAAUAUAGAAAACUGCGAAACAAGCUGUAAACGAAUAUGAACAACUAUAUUUAAUUUUAAUUAU